AUGAAGCUCGCUUUGGUGCUUGUGGCCUCGCGACGGCAGCGCCUGCGUCGAAUCAUGUAUGCACUACAAAUCCUCAGACAGUUGAAAGAGCGAAACAUCAUUAAGUCAGUUGCACUCGUCGAAUCCCAGGAGAUGAGACAAUGGUACACCAUGUACAAUGACCAACUUUCUCAGUCAUUUGUAGCGACUGUGUCGGUAACACCUAAUGCGUUCGAUCACAUCUUCCAUUACUUUAAGCACGAGUAUGUUGUGCUCUCACGACCUGGUAAGAAUGGUCACCCUCCUCGCAUACCAAAGAAGCACGCGGUACUAGCGAUGCUACUGCACUUUUACACAGCCAAAAGGCAAUACCUCUUGGACGUGGUCGAGCAAGAGAUCAAUCGACGCCGCACACCAACGCUUGCUUUCGAUAUGGGCUCUUUGGAAGUCGAAACGGGACAUCCACGAACGUUG